AUGGCUCAGUCUCUGAAUGUUGAAGAAGCAGCCAUUGAAUUAAUAAAUAAUUUUGAAAAGUUAAUAUCAGUUAAUAGUACUGACAGUGAAGUUUUGGAAAAUAAUCGAGUUGAUGCAUUGAAAAAUAUAAAUAGUAUAUUUGAAAGAGUUCAAUCAUAUCAUUCAUCAGACCGCGAAUAUAAUUAUAUGAUAGAAGAUAAAUUUCAAGAGGCGCUUGUUAAUUUAUCAUUAUUAAGCGAAUGGAAAAGAAAUGGCGACUUCUUUGAGUCCCUAAAUGAUAUUGAAAGUCGGUUUAAUUCUCAAGUUAAAGAAUUUCUGAUUAUGUACAAGGAGUUUUCAGCUAGAAUGAUUAAUUAUUUUAACGAUAACUCGGCUCAUUUUGAUCAUUCUUACAGCCAUCCUUUGAAUUUUAUCGUACGUUAUUCUACGGAUAUUAACGAGUCGAGUAAGCCAUGUGCUCACAAUAUAUAUGAAAUGCAAAUAAACUUUUGGAAACUAAUGAAAAAUCAUGACAUCAAUUGUGGUAAAAAAUCAAUAUACAAUCGAUUAUAUGACUUAUAUAACGAUAUUUUGAUCGGAGUUUAUAAAGGAUAUACUAUAUCUUUUAUAGACUAUGAACUACGCAAACUGAAACAAUUCCAUUCAAUGAAUAAGACUGAUAACAGAAUGUACAAAAAUUGCGAUCCAAGAGAAUGGUCAGAAGAGAGGAAUUAUAUUCGCAUUAAAAAUGAUGUGUCGUAUUAUGAACCAAGUACUAAAUGGUACUACGAUCGAGACGCUUUAUACCUACGGGAUGUAGAGCCAGAAUUUGAAUGUAAUGGGACGAGGAUAUACUAUACUCCUGAAGAUCUAGUAAUGGGAAUCGUGUACAGUCUUGAUUGUCCAUUUGUUUUUCUGGAUAAUGAUGAUUACAAUAAUGAUAGAAGUUGUCGAUUGUAUUCUUCUAGCGACUUUAUGGGAUACAAAAAUAAAAAUUGGUCAUCUGCGUGUGUCUCAGGAGAUCAUAAUGUAUUAGGAACAUUGUGCUCUUGCGACAAGCAAAGCGAUAGUGAUACUAGUAUUCGUACAAUAAGUUUAAAAGAAUAUUAUACCAAUAGUUCCGAUAAUCGAGUCGUUACGGGAAUUAGAUUUGCCGUUGAAAAAAAUAUAAUAACGAUUCAAAUUCAAGAUGGACAAUUGAUCAAUGGUAUAAUAGAUCCGAAUAGUGUUAGAUGGAGAACUGAUGAUGAUUAUCCAUCUGAUGAACAAGAUCCCAAAACUGUUCGGCUCGAUUAUAAAAUACGAGGGUUUAAUUUAGAUGACAUUGAAUUGCCCGAAGGACAAUUCGUCACAGGAGUGAAAUUUGUAUUAACGAAAAAAGAUCGUAUAUCAUUAGCAGUCAGAGGAUCGACAAUGUAUGACAAUAAAAUUGGUAUCUUUUCACCACCUGUUGAAGACCAAUGGCAUUAUCCAUCCGAAAUAAAUUCUACUCGAAGAUCGAACAUUGAUGUAAAUUAUCCAAAAAAUCCAACAGAUUUAAAAUUACUGACCACCGAAAUAAGUAAAUCAGGACAGCACUACAUCAAUCUAUCGAUAUCUACAUUUUCUAGCUCGAAUCAUAACACUGCAGUGGUACCACUAUUAGAUUCCCGGGCUGUUGAAACCCACCCACCAUCAGGAAUUGGCGGACUGGGAUUAUUUUACACCGGCCACUCGGGCUACGGUGGAUUUUUGGCAUUCAAAUAUUUCUCUUCACAAUACAAACAUUUUUCUCAUUUGCCAAUACGUUCAAUCAUUUCCAGUAUGAAAACUCCUGAAAUCUACUUAUAA